UCCUCAGUGAGCAAAUGUUUACAAAUUCGUGAAUUCAAAAUACAGUAUUGGCUACGUGAGGCAUAUAACCUCAAAUAUUUUCUCAGUGAGAAUAGUGAAAAUUCACGGUGAAUACACAUUAUCAAAUGAGCGAUGGAAAGCAACGAGGACAUAGUUAGAAUAAAAGAAGAACCGAAGUAUCCUUGGUCAGAAGCAGACGACGAUUACAAUUUUGAUUCGGUACACUCUUGUGAAGUGAAAGACGUUAAAACAUUCACGUUUUAUAAAACAUCAGCAAAUCACAUAAAUGAAGUUGUGCUGCCCGAAAAGUUAGAUGGAAAUAUAUCUAUACAGUUUGAGUGCAAAAACGUUAAACCUGAAUUGAAGGCUUUAUCGUCAACCAUCUGCAAAACUGAGUAUCAGAGUUGUACACCUGCUGUAAAAGUGGAAAACGAAAUUCAGACCAGUUACUUGGACGAAAAUAGCCUAAUCAUUUUAAUUAAAAAAAAUUUCGACUAUCACAAAAAUCGACUUUUUCAAGUAAAUGCACGAUUGAAAAAUGCAGAAUAUAACGAGGUUGGAAUAUUAAAAAAAACUUCUCAAACUCGAUUAUUUGAUAAAAAUGAAAUUAGUCGAAAAACUCAUAGAGGUAAAGCAAUUUUCAAUACACAUAUUAACUGGACACAUAAGGGUUUUAUACUGUAUGAAUGUGAGAUUUGCCACAAAUCAUUCGGACAAAAGUGUAAACUCAAUACACACAUAAAUACAGUACAUAAUCGGAGCAAACCGUUCAACUGUGACAUUUGCCACAAAUCAUUUAGGAAAAAAGGUCACCUCAAAGGUCACAAACAGGCAGUACACGAUCAUAGUAAACCCUUUGAAUGUGACAUUUGUCAUAAAUCAUUUGGACUAAAGGGUAACCUGAAAACUCACACAGAUACAGUACAUACUCGGAUUAAACCCUUCGAAUGUGGAAUUUGUCACAAAUCAUUUAGGCAAAAAGGUCACCUCAAAGAUCACAAACAGGUAGUACAUGAUGGUAUCAAACCAUUCGAAUGUCAAAUUUGUCACAAAUCAUUUGGAGUUAAACAAAAACUGAAAAGGCACAUAAAUUCAGUACAUAAUCAAAGUAAACCCUUCGAAUGUGACAUUUGUCAAAAAUCAUUUGGACAAAAACAAACACUCAAUAAACAUACAAGUACUGUUCAUGAUCAGAGUAAACCCUUUGAAUGUGACAUUUGUCAUAAAUCAUUUGGAGAAAAAGGAAACCUCAAAACUCACAUAAAUGCAGUACAUAAUCGGAUCAAAUCCUUUGAAUGUGAUAUUUGUCACAAAUUAUAUGGUAGCCAGGUUACUCUAAAAUAUCACAUAAAUGCAGUACAUGAUCGUAUCAAACCCUUCGAAUGUGAGAUUUGUCACAUAUUAUAUGGUCGAAAGGAUACUCUAAAAUAUCACAUAAAUGCAGUACAUAAUCGUAUCAAACUCUUCGAAUGUCAGAUUUGUCCCAAAUCAUUUGGGAAAAAAAGUAGCCUCAAUAAACACAAAAAUUUAGUACACAACUAUAAGUAAUUUUACGACUUUGGUUGGGCAUUUGAACAAAAAACUAUCGAGGGGAUUUUCGUGGAGAUGGGUUCUGGAUCCUUUCUUGGAGCUGUCGCGAAACCUGCUGUCAAUUGAGAGAAGUGAUAUAAUCAUUGAGCAUCUGACGAGUGAAGAAUUGUUAAAAAUUUUCUUAGCGA